AAAUAAUGAAGAAAAUUAAGUGAAAUACAUUGUUUAAAUAAGAAAAAGUGUAUAAAUUAUGUACAGCAUACAUCAAGUGAUUAGCCGCGUGUGAAUUUAUUAAUUUCGCGCUGAUUUUGCCUUCUGCACGAGCAUUGCAAAUAAUUUUCUUCGGCAGUGGCAGACAAGACUCUGGCAUACAAUUUAAUGUUCGUAUCGCACCCGUACCGAGCUUGUCUUUUCACGCGAGUUCGUUUUUAGUAUAUACAGCCAAAUAUAUAUGUCUAUGUCUAACAUAACCUCAAACUUGCCGCUGCAGUCGGAGAAGUCGUCGUCAUCAGCAUCUACAUUGUUGUUGGUGGAUAUUCUCCAGAAACCACAGCCACUUGCUUUGAGCAGUAUUGCUAGCACAACCAUCAGGUCAUGAAUGAAAAAAUCAAAUCGCCCUCGGGCCAGGGACAGGGAAGUGCCGGUGGUGUAGUUGCUGGUAGCGCGGCACCAACAGCUUCUGCCGGUAGUGCAGGUGGAGCCACACCGCCCGUAUCGGGACCACCUACGCCAAACAACGGCAGUGAUCCAAAUAUUCAGCCAGGUGGUGCUGCACCACAUCCAUAUGGCGCGCCGCCGCCAACACCUGGCGCUCCGCCAGGAGCACCACCUGAUCCAGCCGCUGUCAUGUCGCACUAUCACCAUUUACAUCAACAGCAGCAGCCGCCACAACAUCAGCAAGGUCCACCACCACCCUUACCUCCACAUAUGCAGCACCACGGUGGACCACCGCCACCGCAGGGCCCGUUGGGCGGCCCAGGAGUACCUGAGCAUGCGCCAAGUGUAAAGGAUGAUUACGGCUCAGCCCAUUUGCCGCCGCCACCCGGCAGUCAACAUCCACAUGCUCAUCCCGCAUACGCGCGCUAUCACCCGGGUGAUCCCAAUAUGGAUCCCUAUCGUUAUGGCCAUGCGCCUACGCAGCAGCAACAGCAGCCGCCGCCCGGCAGCAAACCAUCUCAUCAACAACAACAACAACAGCAGCAGCAGCAACAACAGCAGCAACCUCAGGGUGCUGGUGGCUCACCAAAUCGUCCUCCACAACAACGCUAUAUACCUGGACAACCGCCACAAGGUCCUACGCCAACAUUGAACUCAUUAUUGCAAUCUUCAAAUCCGCCGCCUCCGCCCCAGCAUCGCUAUGCGAAUAACUAUGAUUCACAGCAGGCUGCCUCUGCAGCGGCGGCAGCUGCAGCAGCAGCACAACAACAACCCGGCGGACCUCCGCCUCCGCUACCGGGUCAUCAACCAUUGCCGCCACAACAUCAGCCGUAUGGCGCACAACAGGGUGGUUGGGCCCCACCGCCAAGACCCUAUAGCCCACAAUUGGGUCCAGGUCCAUCACAGCAGUAUAGGACACCACCACCGACAAAUACUUCCAGAGGUCAAUCACCAUAUCCUCACGGUCAAAACUCAGGUUCCUAUCCAAGCUCACCCCAACAGCAGCCCCAGCAAGGGCAGCAACAACAGCAGCAGGGCCAACAGUCAGGUCCGGUGGGUGCACCUGGAGCUCCUGGCGCGCCACCACCUGGACCGGCGCAGCAGCAGCAGCAACAGCAGCCACAACAGAAUACACCACCCACAUCUCAAUAUUCGCCGUACCCGCAAAGAUAUCCAACACCUCCAGGCUUACAGGCAACUGGGCCCAAUCAUCGAACUGCCUAUUCGACGCACCAGUAUCCCGAACCAAAUCGACCUUGGCCUGGCAGCUCAUCGCCUAGUCCUGGUCCCGGCCAUCCAUUGCCGCCUGCUUCGCCGCAUCAUGCGCCACUGCAGCAACCGCCAACACCGCAUUCCGCUGCUGGUGGCCCACCACCCAGCAGCAGUCCAGGGCAUGCGCCGAGUCCAUCACCGCAGCCCUCACAGGCGUCACCAUCACCGCAUCAGGAGUUGAUUGGACAGAAUAGUAAUGACAGCUCAAGCGGCGGAGCACACAGUGGAUUGGGUUCAGGACCGCCGGGCACACCCAAUCCGCAGCAGGUUAUGAGACCCACACCAUCACCCACUGGCUCAUCUGGCUCACGUUCUAUGUCACCGGCAGUGGCACAAAAUCAUCCAAUCUCGCGCCCGUCGAGUAAUCAGUCAAGCAGCGGCGGUCCAAUGCAGCAGCCGCAAGUUGGAGGUCCUCCGCCUAUGCCGCUGCAUGGCAUGCCAGGUGGGCCGCCAUCUCAGCAGCAGCAACAGGCAACAAAUUCGUCUGCCAGCAAUUCACCACAGCAGACGCCUCCACCUGCACCGCUGCCAAAUCAAACUGUUAACAAUAUGGGCACACCACCACCGCCGCCGCAGGGUGGAGCUGGUGGCUAUCCCAUGCAGCAUAUGCAUGGCAAUUACAAAAUGAGUGGACCAGGCCAAAGUCCCGGACCACAAGGUUAUCCGCCACAGCAAUAUGCACAAGGUAACUAUCCACCACGUCCGCAAUAUCAGCCGGGUGCGUAUCCAGCUGGUCCGCCAAGCAGUCAACCCGCUGGUGGCACCAACAGCAUGCCGGCCGGCGCGCAACCGGGCUAUCCACGACCUAUGCCAAAUCAUGGAGGCGGCAGUCCACAUCAGUAUCCGCCUUAUCAGUGGGUGCCGCCUUCGCCACAGCAAUCAGGACCUGGUCCAGGCCAGGGUCCAGUUGGCAACCAUGUGCAGGGCAAAGGCACACCGCCACCAGUUGGACCGCCACCCACACAGGGCAGUGGCUCACCGCGGCCGCUCAACUAUCUGAAGCAACACUUGCAGCACAAAAGCGGAUAUGGCACAAACCCAGCAGCCGGACAGCCGCAGGGCUAUGGAAAUGGGCCCACGGGCAUGCAUCCCGCAAUGCCAAUGGGGCCGCCACAUCAUAUGGGACCGCCUCAAAGCAUGGGACCACCCACUAGUACGCCACCACAAUCCAUGCUGGGUGCACAGCCUGGCGCAGGUGAAGGAGGCCCAGAGCAUAUACCGCAGGACAAUGGCAUUAGCUCGUCGGGUGCACCAGCGGGCAUGCAUCCCGUUACUUCAGUGGUAACAACUGGACCAGAUGGCACACCCUUGGAUGAAGUUAGUCAGCAGAGCACGCUUUCCAAUGCAUCUGCGGCUUCAGGCGAAGAUCCACAGUGCACCACACCAAAGUCGCGCAAACACGAUCCAUAUAGCCAAAGUCAUUUAGCACCACCAAGCACUUCGCCACAUCCCGUUGUUAUGCAUCCAGGCGGUGGUCCGUCCGGCGAGGAAUACGACAUGAAUUCACCCACUAAUUGGCCACGCCCAGCUGCUAGUCCGCAGGUGUUCAAUAGUCACGUUCCUGUGCAGCAAGAACCGUUUCGCAGCACUAUCACCACCACCAAGAAAUCCGAUUCGCUGUGCAAGCUGUACGAGAUGGAUGACAAUCCGGAGCGACGUGGCUGGCUGGACAAGCUGCGCACCUUCAUGGAGGACCGACGCACACCGAUUACCGCGUGUCCAACAAUCUCAAAACAGCCACUCGAUUUAUAUAGGUUAUAUAUUUAUGUAAAAGAACGUGGCGGAUUCGUCGAGGUAACAAAAAGCAAAACCUGGAAGGACAUUGCUGGGCUACUGGGCAUAGGCGCCAGCAGCAGUGCCGCCUACACGCUGCGCAAACACUAUACGAAAAAUCUAUUGGCAUUCGAGUGUCAUUUCGAUCGUGGCGACAUCGAUCCAUUGCCCAUUAUACAACAAGUGGAGGCGGGCAGCAAGAAGAAGACACCGAAAGUGGCAUCUGUGCCAUCACCAGGUGGUGGUCAUUUGGACGCUGGCACCACAAACUCGACAGGAAGCUCAAAUUCGCAGGAUUCCUUUCCAGCGCCACCGGGUGGCGCACAGAAUGCCGCAAUUGAUGGCUAUACGGGCUACACAGGCGCAGGUGCUCCCUAUCCGCCAGCUGGUGGUCCACCCCAGCCAGAGUAUGCUGCUCCAGGACAAAUGCAAAGACCUCCAUCGCAGAACAACCCACAGGCACCGCAUCCAGGCACACAAAAUCAAACAUCCGCCAAUGUUGUUGCCGGUGAUAAUGUCAAUGUGAGCAAUCCAUUUGAUGAUCCUGUUGCUGCCGGUGUGGCUGCUGCUGCCGCUGCAGCCGCCGCUGCUGCUGCUGGUGCUGGUGGUGCACCACCGCCGCCGCCGCAUACUACACCACCACAACAGGGUGUAUCGACGCAAUUGCCACCACAGCCGCAGCCACCAUCACAGCCGGCACCGCCACCACCGCAGCAACAUGGGGCGCCGCCAACGCAACAUGCACGCCCUGUCGCUGGAGCACCUUAUCCGCAGGGUGGCUCCGGUUAUCCAACGCCUGUGUCUCGAGCGCCAGGCUCCCCCUAUCCCACACCACCAGGUGCUUACGGUCAGUACGGCUCGAGCGAUCAGUAUAAUGCUUCGGGGCCGCCAGGUCAACCAUUCGGACCGAAUCAGGGACAAUAUCCGCCGCAAAAUCGCAAUAUGUAUCCUCCCUAUGGACCCGAAGGGGAAGCUCCGCCAGCUGGUGCCAAUCAAUAUGGACCCUAUGGCAAUCGACCUUAUGCACAAGCGCCACCCGGUGCACCACAGCCACCAGCGCAGCCGGUUGCGGGCGGACCACCACAGCCUAGCGGGACACCAGGUGCGCCACCCAAUAGCGGUUACUCACCAAAUACGCCCGGUCAGCAAGAUUAUUACAGGCCGCCAGAUCAAAGUCCACAGCCGCGACGACAUCCUGACUUUAUGAAAGAUUCUCAACCCUUUCCAGGCUAUGCAGCGCGUCCUCAAAUUUAUGGUGGUUGGCAAGGCGGCAGUCAACAGUAUCGUCCGCAAUAUCCUGCGUCACCUGCUCCGCAAAGUUGGGGUAAUGCGCCGCCACGUGGCGCUGCGCCUGGUGCUGCACCAGGACAGCAUGGACCUCAUGGCCAACCGCCGGCAGGCGUAGCACAGUGGGAGCAGCAUCGUUAUCCACCGCAACAGCCGCCACCGCCUCCGCAGCAGCAGCAGCAACAACAGCAGCCGCCCUAUCAGCAAGCUGGCGCACCACCGGGACAACAGCCUGGUGCGCCGCAAUGGGGACAGAUUAAUGCAGGCCAAGGGCCACCACAGCCCGGUGGCGUAGCGCCUCCUGGCUCACCACUGCGUCCCUCACCAGGCGCGCCGCCGCAGCAGCAGCAACAACAGCGCAUGCCCAGCGGUGUACCUGGCAUGCCGCCACAGCAGCAGCAGCAGCAACAACAACAGCAGCCGCAGCCAGGACAGACGCUACAACAGCCACAACAUGGCGGCGUGCCCGUUGGAAUGCCACCGGGCGCGGUGGGCAUGGUGAAGCCGCCUUAUGUUAUGCCACCGCCGACGCAAGCUGCUGGCGCACCGCCGAUGAUGGGUGGCUGCCCAACUGGCGGACCGGGCAAUAUGAUGUCGCAGAAGCCACCACAGCAAAUUGUGGGCGUGCCAGGCAUGCCGCCGCAGCAACAACAGCAACAGUCGCCACAUCAAAUGUGCAAUCAGCAAGCUGUCUAUGCCCAGCAGCAGCAGCAGCAGCAACAACAACAGCAGCAACAGACUGGAGUUGGCGGUCAGUUGGUGAAGAAGGAGCUUAUAUUCCCGCUGGACAGUGUGGAGUCCACAACGCCGGUGCUUUAUCGACGCAAGCGUCUGACCAAAGCCGAUGUUUGUCCCGUUGAUCCUUGGCGCAUUUUCAUGGCCAUGCGUUCGGGUCUGCUAACCGAAUGCACCUGGGCAUUGGAUGUGCUCAAUGUGCUGCUAUUCGAUGACACCACAGUGCAGUUCUUUGGCAUAUCCAAUCUGCCUGGACUGCUCACGCUGCUGCUGGAGCACUUUCAGAAGAAUCUCGCUGAAAUGUUUGAUGAGCGCGCCGACGAGCAGCAGCAGCUGGAGACGCAGCAGGAGCAGGAGUGCGAUGAGGCUGACACCGAUGAUGCGGACAGUGGCACCGUUCUGCCCACAACCAACAGCGAGAGCAGCACCAAGUCACGCAGCCGUCGCCAGGCGCGUUGUGUGCGCAGCAUUUGCAGCUACAAUCGCAAGCGUCACUAUGAGAAUAUGGAUGUGAAGCGUGGCGCGGACUCGGACGACACCGACGAGGGCAUUGACUUGGGUCAGGUGCGCGUGCAGCCGAAUCCCGAGGAGCGCUCACUGCUGCUCUCCUUCUCGCCCAACUACACAAUGGUCACGCGCAAGGGCGUGCCCGUGCGCAUUCAGUCGGCGGACAAUGAUAUUUUCGUGGAUGAGCGUCACAAGAGCUGGGACAUUGAUGUCAACAGGCUGUACGAGCAGCUGGAGCCCAUUGGCAGCGAUGCCUGGACCUACGGCUUUACGGAACCGGAUCCACUCGACGGCAUUAUCGAUGUGUUCAAAUCGGAAAUUGUUGAGAUUCCAUUUGCGCGCUACAUCAAAACCAAGAAGCGCAAAUGCCUGAACAACAAUAACAACAAAAGCAGCAGCAGCAGCGCGAAGCUCGAUGAGGUGCAGCUGAUGACGCUAAAGCUGGAGCCAAAGGAUGCGCAGACAACGGAGGAGACUAGCGUCAACAGCAUUGGAGCAUUGCAACAGGCGUUCAACAAGAAACGAAGACUUGUCAACAAUGUGGGCGAGCUAAAGAAGCCGCGACUUACGUCGGAGGAAUUUGCACAGCCGACAGUCGAGCUGAAAAAGGAACCAGGCAGCGAGCUGCUGCAGGCUAAGCUCAGCUCCACAGACAGCGAUUGCCGUGCCGUAGACAUGGACAUUGAGUCGCCGCAGCAGCUGGAGCGCUUAACCAAUGGCGUUGUUGCACAACCGGAAGGCUUUGAUCCCAAGUCGACGGUGCGUGAUGCGGCGCAUGUGCUGCAGCGACGACGCGACUCCAGCUACGAGGAUGAAUGCUAUACGCGCGACGAGGCCUCCUUGUAUUUGGUCAACGAGAGCCAAGACUCGCUGGCUCGUCGCUGCAUUGCGCUCUCGAAUAUCUUCCGCAAUCUAACCUUUGUGCCCGGCAACGAAACGGUGCUGGCCAAGUCGACGCGCUUUCUGGCCGUGCUGGGUCGCCUGCUGCUGCUGAAUCACGAUCACUUGCGACGCACGCCCAAGACGCGCAACUAUGAUCGCGAAGAGGACACGGACUUUAGUGAUUCGUGCAGUUCGCUGCAGGGCGAGCGCGAAUGGUGGUGGGAUUAUCUCAUAACCAUACGCGAGAAUAUGCUAGUGGCCUUGGCCAACAUAGCUGGCCAUCUGGAGCUAUCACGCUAUGAUGAGCUUAUAGCGCGUCCGCUUAUUGAUGGCCUACUGCACUGGGCUGUCUGCCCAAGUGCGCAUGGUCAGGAUCCGUUUCCGUCGUGUGGCCCCAGCUCUGUGUUGUCGCCGCAGCGGCUGGCGCUGGAAGCGCUCUGCAAAUUGUGCGUAACCGAUGCCAAUGUGGACUUGGUCAUAGCUACGCCACCGUUUAUGCGCCUGGAGAAACUGUGCGCCGUGCUCACGCGUCAUUUGUGCCGCAAUGAGGAUCAGGUGCUGCGCGAGUUUUCCGUUAAUCUGCUGCAUUAUUUGGCUGCUGCCGAUAGCGCCAUGGCGCGCACAGUCGCGCUGCAAUCGCCUUGCAUCUCCUACCUGGUGGCAUUCAUCGAGCAGGCCGAACAGACCGCCUUGGGUGUGGCCAAUCAACAUGGCAUUAACUAUCUGCGCGAGAAUCCCGACUCCAUGGGCACCAGUCUGGACAUGCUGCGACGCGCGGCAGGCACUCUGCUGCAUCUGGCCAAGCAUCCAGAUAAUCGCUCUUUGUUUAUGCAACAAGAACAGCGUCUGCUGGGCCUGGUCAUGUCCCACAUACUGGAUCAACAGGUGGCGCUGAUUAUAUCGCGUGUGCUCUACCAAGUCUCGCGUGCCGCUGGCCCUGUACACUCGGUGGAGUAUCGUCUGCUGCAGCAGCGCCAGCAGCAGCAGCAAAUCCAACAGCGCGUCGCAGCAGCAGCGGCCGCAGCAGCUGCACAUGAGAAGACUACAGCAGCUGUUAAGAGCGAACCCUGCGCGGCAACGGAACAGCAAACUGAAUGCAAGCCAGCAGCAGCAGCUGCAGCAAGUGCUGCCGCCUCCGCUUGCAACACACCUGUGGUCGUCAACGAUGACAACAGCAACAGCAGCAGCCAACAGCUCGUGCCAGCAGCCGCAUUUAAUGAUGUCAGCAACAGCAGCACCAACAGCAACAGCUGCGGCACUGUCAGCAGCAAUCAAACCAACAGCAGCAGCAGCGUCACCAGCAACAGUCUGGCCCUGAACAACAUCGGCGCUGACCGCUCGGAGGAGCAGGCUGUCAGUGGCAAGGUUGCAGCAGCAGCAGCUGCAAGUGCCAGCGCCUUGGCAUGCAGCAACUUGAGCAACAUGAACGCGACGGCAACAGCAAGCAGCACAGCAACAACGAAUGCUAGCAACAGCAACAGCAGCAGCAAUACUCCAACAGGAAUGGCACAACCAACAGCAGCAGCACCACCAACUGCUAAUCAAAGCACCACAGCCGCAGUUGCGUAGUAUACAACAAUGAUGCCAGCGUCUUACUAUUGGUAUCAUGGCGGAGGAGCAAUUGAUUCGUAUCAGACUUGAAUUCAAUAAGGAUUUAUGCUUAGCAUACACGUUCUCGUAUAUAUUUAGCAUAGCCCAGUUUUUGUAUAUGCCAAAACAGUUGAUUGAAUGCUAUUGCCACACACACAAACCCACACACACAAUAACUGUAUAUUUUUUCACUCAAAUCUAUAUAGUUAAUAACUGGACAAUUGAUAAUAUGGCUGAGCAAGUAGCGUUCAAAUUUUUUAGCAAUGCGUUUUCAGCGUCGAACUUAACAAAAGAUUGGAACUAGGAUAUCAUGCAUUACAUUUAAGCACUCUACAUACUUAUGUAUUAAAAAAAAAACAACAAACAACAACAACAAACACAAAUAAAUUAACAUGAGCGAAAAUAAUAAUAACAAUAAUGAUAAUACUAAAACCUAAUACAUUCAUAUGCAUACGCUAUAGGUAAUCAUAAGCAUAGUUAUAUAUAACAUAAAAUG